AUGACCACGACGAUCCACAUCGAGGGAAGGUGCUCGCAAGGUCAAGGAUCCCAGGCUCAGAAUAGGAUUGCGGAUUGUGCGGACCACCCGGAGGUUCAGAGCAGUACCGGAAACUUGCCGGAGGAUCAACGAAUCAUCAUUGCAGAUGUAGCUGGGGUUACACGGAGCGCGGUAAUGACGUCCAGUGGGACAUCGUCGGGAAACAAUCGAGCGAUUGUCCCUACGACCACAGAGUACUUCACCGCCAGUGUGAAAGAAGCUCUAACGCUGCUACAAAGUGUAUCAUCUGUGAUACCGGUACCAUUCCUGAGUGAAUCGUUCAAAGUUACCCUGAAAAUCAUUGAACUAUGCGAGGGCGCAUCGGCUGUUGGAGAGGGGGUCAAGGAGCUCAAAGCUAGAGUUAGGAAUCUCAUGACCAUCAUCGCCAAUCACGUAAAGGCCCAAAAUUAUGUCGAACGCAACAAGAUGAUAAUUGCGAAUGCCAUGAAGGGCAUGGAAGGGGACAUCGGAGAAUUACUGAGCACUCUCAAGACAAUUUACGAGGAUUUGGAGAAAAUCGGUGGGCAGAACAAAUUGAAAGUAAUGUUCACAGAUGUGAAUACGAAGAAGCUCGAAGGCUGUGUGGACAGGCUGUCAACUGCCAUGGAAGAACUCAGGUUCACAAACGAUCUCGGAAACACUUUCCGCCUACAAAACAUUGAAUCCUGCCAAGAGGAGACGCACAAUCUUAUGCAAGGCGUAGCCACCAAACUAGACAAAGUCGCAUGGAGGCGUGAUCAAUUAGACAUAGUCGUUCAGCAACAAAUGCCUCUCAAGCCGGAGAUAUUUCACGGACGCGAGAUCCUUGUCCAAGACAUUGCUCGACUCCUCAUCAAAGAGGAAUCCUCCCGCGUUUGCAUUCUAGGUGCAGGAGGAAUGGGAAAAACUUCAGUUUCCCUUGCUGUCGUCGAAUCAGCCUUGAUCAAAACCCACUUCUCCCCUGAGCACCUUUUCUGGGUCCCCUGCAACGAAGCGGCAUCCGCGACCCUCCUCCUUGAGCUCUUAUACACGCAACUCCAAAUACCACGAAAUAAACACAUUACGCUCUCAGAAAUCAUCUCUCAACUCGAUGCCAUCACCCAACCCCUCCUUAUCCUACUUGAUAACUUUGAGACGCCAUGGAACACACCCGAUGGACGGCAGAAAGUCGGUGACAUCCUCCGAAACCUAGCCAUGCUGAAGCAUGUCUCCAUCCUCGUCACCAUGCGUGGAAGCCAAGCUCCCUGCGACAAAGCCAUCACUUGGCAGUCGAGGUUCAUCCAACCUACCGACGAAGAGGCAUCCCUCCGCAUCUUCCGCGACAUCAACCCGGAUUCGGAGAACGACCCGGAUGUCAAGGCGUUGCUGGCCAGGCUGGGAAACAUGCCUUUCGCUGUUACCCUCAUUGCCAAUCUCGGGAAACAAGGGCAGUCAACAGCGAGGGAGUUGUUGAAUGCGUGGUUGAAGUUCGGGCCCGACAUCCUUCCAGGCCAGAAUGAACAGAGCAUGAACAGGAGUAUCAGCCUUUCCGUUGAUGGGUCCCUCGUCAAGCAAAAUUCAAACGCUAACCUCCUUCUCAAAGUUCUCUCAUUGUUACCAGCAGGAACAACGAGAGAGAACCUAUCCUGGUGGGCCCCAAUUCUUGAGAAAUCUAUGAUUCCCUCUGCCAUUGCUGGCCUAUCAGCUGCAGCUAUACUGGCCCAGCAAUCUACCACCUCCCCCGUGCUCUCCCUACCACCUGUUGUUCAAUCAUUCAUGCAGCAGCAAAAUCGAAUUGAGGAGGAUGUCCGAGCCCAGACUUUCUCGUCGUGUUGCCAAUACAUCAUAGACAAUGCAUGCCGCUAUGAUGAUCCCCGAUUCCGUGUCAAUGCAAAGGAUCUCGCAGCUGAAGACACCAACAUCCGAUCUGUCCUUUGCAGCCACUCAAGCUCCUCCGAUUUAUCUGAAAAGACUAUUAAAGCGCUCAUUGCCCUCAGCUGGCAUUACUGCGACAGGGGGCGGGGUCCAGAGAUCGCCUGCCUUACAGUAGAAGCAGCCAAAGCCUUUGGGGUAACUAAAUAUAUUGCGUCAGCGCUAUGGUGCCUAGGAAGGACAUCCUACGACGUCAGCGACCAUCCCGCCUAUGCCAACUUACAACAAGCCUACCAGCUUUUCAACACCCUUCCCCCUGAUAACCUCACUCAACGAUUUGGUGGCCAAUGCGGUAUCGACUUCGUCUACUGCGCCCGACACGUCGAUGAGGAGACCAAGAUUGUCUCUUUGGCGAGGGACGUGGAAGCAAGGUGUGCCACCCUCUCGGACAACCUCGUACAUGCACGGAGCCUCAUGUCCCUUGGGGUCGUCCUCGACACAGCCAAGCAGCGGUCAGACGCACUCCACUCCUUAAGGCAAGCCAUAGCUCUCUUGAAAGUUUUGAAGAAUAAUGCGAACCUCGCAUAUGCGUAUCAAAUCACUGCCCGGGUGCAUUGCCACCAACAUCAGCUCCAAGACGCGUUGGCGGCUGUUGAAACAGCGUGGAAGUAUGCGGAGUUAAGCGACAGCCCAUACCUCCAAGCAUUCAUCUCCCAAGAACAUGCUGGGAUCCUCCUUAGCGCUGAUAGAGUUCAGGAAGCGUGGGGUUGUUUUGAGACAUCGCUGGUCAUGCUAAACGAAGCGAUUGGUUUUUCCGACUCGGAGUCAUUCUGGUAUGGGCACCCUCAUGAAUGGAAAGCGUUUUCGCUUAUGGUAAAGGAACUGCUGGAAACCCGGGUUAGGUGUGAUACGGGAUCGGAGAGCGCGCGCAGCAGCGCUUUAAUACAGUACGAUAGGUUGACUGCCAUGGCGUUAGCGUCAAUCGGAAUAGGACAGGCUGGUUGA